AAAUCAUAACUUGGGACAACAGAAGGCUAUUCACAUGUGGAGAGUGGAAGGUCUGGAACUGCACGAUAAUAUAAAUAAAGUUACUGGACAUAAUAACUGCAUUUAUUUUUCUGUCUAUUGCGCAGGUUUUGCGGAUUUCAUUCUUCAAUAAAUCGUACUUUCAAGCUGGAUCCGCUAUAUAAAUAAGUGAGACCUAAUGAGCGCGCUUCUUGUGUUUACAUUAAAACGUAGCCUUACAAUCUGCAUCGACGGGAUAGGAGUUUAUUCAUCCAAACAUUAGGAACAGACAAACUACAAUUAACAUCAGGCUGUUAUUUUCUUAGAAGAAGCAACAAACGAACUGCAAGGCUCCAUAAUGGACUUGCAAGUUAUAUUCGAAGAGAUGACUCGGCCAAUGCCAAGGAGUAUUGGCCUGCUAUUGGCGUCUUUGACUUUUCUCUUUGCCAUGCUCCUGUGGCGCAGGAUCAGGCGGAGCUGGGAAGUACACAGCCCGCCUGGACCGUUCGCUUGGCCGGUCAUUGGGAACGCAGUAGAGCUUGGCAACACUCCUCACCUCUAUUUCUCUCGCAUGUCACGGAAAUAUGGGGAUGUCUUUCAAAUCAAACUCGGCUGCCGGGACGUUGUGGUACUGAAUUGCGACGCAAUCAGGCAGGCGCUCAUCAAAAAGGGAUAUGAUUUCGCAGGCAGACCUGACUUUGCCUCGUUUCAAUAUGUUUCCAAUGGCGAUGGCAUUGCUUUUGGUACAUUUAGCGAAUGGUGGAAAGUGCAUCGAAAAGUGGCCCAAUCUACUGUUCGGAUGUUUUCUACUGGCAACAUGCACACCAAAAAGGCCUUCGAAAACCAUGUUGUCUGCGAAGUAAGGGAGCUGCUCCAUAUUUUCCUGGUAAAAACUAAAGAGCACCAAUAUUUCCAGCCAAUGACAUACUUGGUGGUAUCAACCGCUAACGUAAUGACCGCCGUGUGCUUUGGAAAGAGGUAUUCAUACGACGACGAAGAGUUUGCGCAAGUGGUGGGACGAAACUAUCAAUUCACCCAAACAGUGGGAGCUGGAAGCAUCGUGGAUGUUAUGCCUUGGCUCCAGUAUUUCCCCAACCCAAUAAAAAACAUAUUUGAAAACUUUAAAGAGCUCAACCAGGAGUUCAGUAAAUUUAUCCUUAAUAAAGUUGUCGAGCAUCGAAAGACCAUUCAGUCAAGCACCAUCCGGGACAUGACAGAUGCUUUCAUCAUGGCAUUGGACCAUCCCAAGGACAGCUCACCAAGGGUCUCACCAGGCAAAGAUUAUGUGCCACCCACUAUCAGUGAUAUUUUUGGAGCAAGCCAAGAUACACUAUCUACUGCACUUCAGUGGAUAAUGCUGAUACUUGUGAGGUUUCCUCAUAUUCAGCUGCGUCUCCAGGAGGAAGUAGACAAAGUGGUCGACCGGAGCCAUCUGCCCAUCAUCGAGAAUCAGUCCCAGUUGCCUUACGUGAUGGCCUUCAUCUACGAAAUGAUGCGCUUUACCAGCUUUGUGCCGCUCACCAUCCCCCACAGCACCAUCACCGACACCACCAUCAUGGGCUACACCAUCCCCAAGGACACAGUGAUCUUCAUCAACCAGUGGUCCAGCAACCACGACCCCACCAAGUGGACACACCCGGAGACCUUUGACCCUCUGCGCUUCCUGGAUCAGGACGGCUCACUGAACAAAGACCUGGCCAGCAGCGUGCUCAUCUUCUCCUUGGGAAAGCGGCGGUGCAUCGGAGAGGAACUGUCAAAGAUGCAGCUGUUCCUAUUUACAGCAUUGCUGGUGCACCAGGCCCACUUUAGUCCCGACCCGGACAAGCCGCCCACCAUUGACUACACCUACGGACUAACCCUGAAGCCCAAUAACUUCUCCAUAGCAGUCAGUCUACGGGACAGCAUGGAAGUCCUGGAGAAGGCUAGUCAAAAGCCCCUCUAUGGGGGGACUCAGGAGGACACAGUCAACUCCAGGUCAGACUGAGAAUAGAGUCACUAAAUUAAGCUUGAAAGAAAAAAACACUGAAGAACAUUAAUGAGCUGCAGUUCAUCCUCAUGUGCCAUCAGGUAUCAGCUACUAUAUAGUUAUUAUAAACGUAUUUAUGAUCUAAAUGUAACGGAUGUCACCAGGGACGGACCUGGACGUUCUGCUGCCCUAAAGACAAAAAUCUGCCGCCCCCUUGCUAUCCCCGCUAAACUAUGUACAGCAGUGGUCGGCAAUAGGUUAUGCCUUGGGCAAAAAAAAUGUCUCAACUGAAAUUCGGAGGAACAAAACAUAAUAGCAGCCCAAUUCAUAGGGCUACACUACAAAUUAAAUAAAAAAUGUAACACAUCUAGUUAGUAGGCAAUAUAAUGAGUUCAAUGUCAUUAACAUAGCCUAAUAUAAUUUAAUUGAUAAAAUCACCAAUGUCUCUAUUAAAUUCGUUUGUCAUAUUUCUGUGUGCUUUGAUUGGGGAAAAACAUAUUGCAAUCAAAAGAAAAUGUUGGGCUGUAAAAAAGAGGAUAGUGAAAAUAUAAGUUUCAGGGAAGAAUGGACAGAGAAGUAGGCUAUCUUACCUUACUUAUUCUUAAUGUCAAACAGCUGUUUGCAAAUAAUUAAAUCUUAGACAUCCUUAUGAAUCUAAGCAUGGCACUUUCAAAAGUUACCUUUCCACGCAGCUCUACCUACGCAGAAAAAUAUAGGCUUCAAACUGCUGGCUACUCCUCCAUUGCAUAACCCAAGAACAGAAGUGCUUCCCUAAAAGCUGCCUGGGUUUAAACAAACAUAUAUUUUCAGAGAGUGAAAAUGACAAUUAAUAGGGACAGACGUUAGGGACAGAAUAGCAACGUCAAUGUGUUUGUCUCCUUGAAUAUUAUAGGCUGCAGCUCAGCUUCAGAAUGUCAUAGAGAGGAAUCAAUAUAUCCCAAUAUGCAUCGGAGUCAUGUCUUUCGCGGGCAUUUUAAAGCUUGUUUCUACCAUAAGGCAUCACAGAGUUAAACAUUGUUAUAGAACCCUUUAUAUAAUCUGUAUACUUUUUAUUCAUUUAUUUCAAAACAUAAAGCAAACAAUAUAUACCAUUCUUGCCCUUUUCUUUAACCAAAUGGUAUGGGACACCCUCACUCAAUUUGAGCCCAAACACACAAACACACCAAGCCAUUCCCAGACACGGAGUUAUUUAAAGAGUGCAUGCGUAUUGGAGGAUUUGGCUAUACCGACAUCUAUGCAUAGCAUAAUUGUGUUUGUCAAACAGGUCGGCCUACCACGUCUUUGAAUAGGACGAAAUAGGCUCCAAUUAUAUAUGUAAUUCUAUGAUUAGGGCCAUAAAAAAUGUUGGUGGGCGCGUGCACAUAUAUGAGGUCCCUUACCGGGUAGAAAGGAAUUUUACUUUAACCCCUGCAUCGGAGAGUUACAAUGUUGAAAUCACUAUGCAGCCAGCUGCCUAUAGUAGGAAACCAAGUUUCUUACUAAUAAUAUGCCACCUCUUAUCACACAUGGCACGACCCCAGAAUUGUUACAAUUAGAAUAACAAUAACACUUUUAUUUAACAUAUAAUUUAAUAUUCCUGUAGAACUGUAAAAAGAGAGAUCGUUUGAGCUCUGCAUAAAUGCAUGGCGGGCCUCGUUUCGCUGGAGCAGUGUAAAAUAAGCUUUCUGUCACUGACGCAGCCGUGACAAAUUUGGUUUAUAUACAUAUCGAAUUUGAUUGUCCAACAUCAGUUUCAAUAUUUCUUCAUUUUGUGGCCCGCCUAGAAUGGCCUCUGCUGCAUUGCAGUAAGUGAUAUUUUCUCUGGGUAGCUGUCCAUGGUUCUGAAAUCAAAUCAAAGCUACACAGAAUUUCCACAAACUUCAGAAAGUUGCUAUAAUUUGGCUCGUUCAGCCUGCGGGUGGUCCCACGUAGCGCAAUGUUCUGGGUGGCCAAUAUGCGUAUCAAGGCCUCUGCAGCACCUGUAGGGCUUGGGCAUUAAUAGUUUGCUUGAACACCAGACUGAUCUCCAGCUCGUUCCACCUCUGAAAAAUAUCUAGGCGGUCAUGCGACUUCUCAGGCGAGCUGAGGAGGUGGCACAGAUUCUUCCAGUCCCUGGUUUCCAUCCCUGAGCAGUGUAGAUUUGUACUCGUGUGAGAGACAAAACAGAAAGCUGCAUUGUUUUUGCUUGGAAUAAAAGAGCCAUGGUCUCGACCCUCUCUCCCCGUUCGCCAUUCUCCUAUUGUAUUGGGCCACCGAAAAUAUUCGUUGCCCCUCAUCUCUUUGGAAAUUCCACUCCUUAUCUUGAUGUGGCCCAGCCUGCACUAACAUAUCCCGUAAAUAUGUUUUUUGUUGUUGUCUGGGAGUCGGAUUUGGCACCACUGUCAUCCGAGACCUGGCGCGACAAAUCUGAGUUGGGGUCCCACAUAGUUGAGUCUCCGCUGACAUUGUUUGGAGGUGUGGCUAGACUGAUGCGACAAUCUGCCCAGAGAGCUGUCAUCAUCGGUGGAAGCGGAUGGCUCUGACUCCUCCGGCUCGCCCUCUUCUCUGCUAGAACCAGAGAACGGGGGCUCGUCUGUCUCUGUGAAUUUAUGGCCUGUCCUUGGAGGUUUGCAGUGUGGUUGCAAUAAUUGAAUAACAUGGAUUUCUACAUUUAUUUUGCGACGCUCGCGCACGCGACGUGUCCGGUCUGGUCAGCAGUGAGUUUCAAAAACCCCCAUGUACUACAUGAACACUAUUUUCAUACAUCUAUUUUUUCUUUGUUUUACGGGAUAUCACGCAAAUAACUAUGGAUCAUAUUUUUUUAAAUCAAAAUUGCACAAGUAUUGGCAUAUAUUUCACUGGAACCUGACAUAACAUACAGUAGCUUGCAGUGCGGGAAAUGGUCUGUUCUUACACACAGCCAAUUGGCCACUUCAGUAACUAUAUUUUCUGACAUACUGACUUGAUUGAUUGAUUGAUUCAUUGAUUGGUUGAUUCAGUCUCUUCACUUGCAUCCACCAUCUCAACAAGUACCUUGUGUACCUUUUAUGUCCCGAAUAUAUCUCUAAAUAAGGUCAAUAUGAUACAUUUUAAUUAGCAUAUUUGGCACUAGCCAAAAAAGACAGGAUAUUCAAAUGAGCAGCCCUUUCCUAAAUUUGACAUGCAUUAUGCACUAAGGUUUUACAGCAAACUCAGCUUAUUAUACCUGCUACUGCUAUUGAUAUGCAUAUGGUGUAAAACAUUUGAAGUUGAAUAAAGUUUUAAAAAAUCAAGGCAAACAGCUGCAACACGAUUAUAAUAUGAUAUUAAACAAAAAACACAUUUUGGUAGUAAUAACGUUUGUAGCAAUAUUAACAAAAAUAUGUGAUUUGGUCCAAUUAACUAAAUCGAUUAUCAUUGACCAAGGAGAGUUCAAUUUCUUUCCUCAACUGUGCUAUAACAACACUGAUUGGAUGGACUAAGUAAGUGGUCAGACUUUACUUUGCUUAGGCCUUAUACCUGAGUAACUAAUUACCAAAAUAACUAUCUUAUACUUACUAGUACUUACUAACAGGCUAGUAAGUACUAGUAGUUACAUGUAGUUAUGCAGUAAGUACUACGUUAUCCUGUUUCCUUUUGAAAAACAGAAUUCGCAAUAGUAAGUAGGCUACUUGCAAACCUGUACUUACAUACAUAUCUAAACGUAUUUCCAUCAUAGCUACACUGGAAUGAGGCCAUAAUAGUUAUGUGCUUCUGAAUGCUGAUUAACUUCUAUUUUGUUCCAGAUCCAUACUCUGUUCCAAUAGGCAAGGCAAGGGUGCACUGUAACAGAAACCUGUAAAUUAUACAGAAAUGUGUUGUAUUAUCAACAGUCACAUUUUUACUGCAGCAUACUGUAAAUUAUGGUGCAUUGUGGGAAAAUGGUGUGGGCGGGGAAAUAAUUGCUGUAUUUUGAAUGGUACAGUAAUUCUACCCCCCAAAAUACAGUACUGUACCGUAUCUUUGGAAUGCCAAAAACCACUAGUGGGCUCCAGAGUGGUGCAGCAUCUCAGUGCUAGAGACUCACUACAGACCCUGGUUUGAUUCCAGGCUGUAUCACAACCAGCAGUGAUUGGGAGUCCCAUAGGGCAGCGUCGUCAUUGUA